UCAGAGAGAAAAAGCGCCGACGACUGAUAGUACUUACCAUACCCACAAAACAUCGUCAAGUCGUGACAUUUAGGUAACCGCAGCUGGUAAAAGUGUUGAAUUUACUAAAUGUUUUCUUGUAUUUGCCUUUCGCUCUCUACACCUCGGCUACAUUGAAACUCGCGGCAGAAAGUGGAAGGCGCGGAACGAUCGGUGUUUAGUUUAUGUUUUUGUUGAUGAUCAAGUGACGAGAGUUCAAGUGAAUGGCGAUCAUUAAACUGAGAAUGAAACUGUUCGGCUCUCGGGCGGCGGGAAGAUGCAGAUGCGCCAACUUAAUGGCGGUGGCUUUCGCAAUGCUUCUUCCGCUAGCCAGAGCGCAAGAUUAUGACGUGACUGACAUUCAGUGCUCGUUCGCAUCGCAGGGCUCGAACCUGGGUGACAUCAUAACGGCCAAACUGAAGAAACCGAUCGGCUUCAAGGGAGCACCCCUAUUUGCGGACGAUCGCGCCGUCAACCCGGAGGCCGAUGUCGCAUGCGCCAUUAAACAGGAUCGGAAAGAUCCCAGUGAGCUGAGCUACGACCUCAAGAUCACCGACUUCUCACGCUGUGGAGUGUUGAAAAGGAAUGGUUUCGUCCACGUGAGAAUUUGGUUCCCACAGUUUCCAUCCGUUGUGAUGCAAUCCGAUCAGGAGCUGAUCAUCAUGUGCAAACCGCCAGAGCCUACGGUUAUCCAAAAUAAGGCCGCUGGAUUCGCUGGUAGCUUCCCACACGGAGCACGUGUUUCAGGUGUGGUCGAGGAAACGCCCGGCCGGCUAGAGUACGAAGUUGCUCUCUACAAGGAAGCGCCGCCUAUCGCCCGCAUUGCAGGAUUGAAGAACCAUUCCUCGAACUCACUACCUGCUGUGACCAACAAUGAAGUUCCGGUUGACCAAGCGGUUCCAAUUGGUACGAAACUUCAGCUGCGGGCGAGGAUCAGCGCUCAGAGUGUUUGGAAGUACGUCAAACUGCUGGAGGUUACCGUUUCGCCCGAUCCGGACGAUCCACAUGCGGCCGGUUCGGUCUCACUGGUUCGUGAUGGUUGCCGCAAUCGAGACUUCGCUUCGAUCAUUCCGCAUCAACCAGCCCGUUAUCGCGACAAACCGAACGAGGUCUUUUUGGAUUUCGAAGCUUUCCUGUUGAGUUCGAUGAAGGAAAGGAGCACCCUGUGGAUUCACUCGCAAAUUAAGGCCUGCAUGGAUGCUAUGGAUUGUCAGCCUGAUUUCUGUCUGGAUUUGUAUGAACCCACGAAACGGAAAGGACUCGGAAGGCGUCGACGGUCUGUUGGCGAUAACACUUUUAGUAACUUACUUUCAAUGAUCAGUCACGAAAGGAACCGGAGGGCUCCUGGAACACAGAAUGCAACGGAAUACACCAAAUUCAACGAAAACAUCGAAUAUACCGUAAUCAUGCCAGGAGAGUAUGAUGAUCUGCGAUACCAGGAAUCUACUGAUCAGUGCAAAAACUUCGUCCUAAUUUCCGGCCUGCUAGCCGGAUUGUUAGCACUAUCAACCUUCAUUACAUGCGGCCUAGCUUUGAGAGUGCAGGGCAAUGGGAAAAAAUCCACGUUGGAUGACUUAAACGCGAAAGGAUACUCUGGAAGGGCGAUCGUACAAUGAGUUUGAAUGUUUAGGGAUUCUAUUCCCAUUCGAUUAGUGCUGCAUCAGCCAGACACGUAACAUAAUUUAGAAGAUAUUUUACGGACAAACAACGAACUUUGGAUUGCAAUCCAAAUCCGUCGUUGAGACAAGCGCUACAGAUACUGUAUAUUUAAGAAGCUAGACAAAACAAAUAUGUAGUACGUAAGGGCCCAAUCGUACGCUACGAAAAUGGGUCGAAUUUUCAAGGCUCAAAGUUGGGCUUCCGUGAGGAAAUGCAUUUAGGUAAACAAAAAAAUCGUACGGUAGAAUUAUAAACUAGUGACCCAUCUAGACUGCAUUUCUCGUUAGGUCGGAAAGUAAACCUAGAAUAGAAUAGUUGAUAGGAAUCCUUUAAUUUAUUGUCCCAAGCAUUUAAUAGUAGUUGCUAUUUAUUAAAAAAUAAUUUAUUGAUUUUAGUAAGUUUGUUUUAACAAUAAUACAAUAACAAAUAAGAUCGCAUUCCAAAUCAUGGUAUCCGAUGCGAAUGU